AUGUCCAACUCUAAAUUGUCCCCAUCAUACUUUGGUUAUGUGGGAUCCACCAAGGAUGCUUUGUUGAUUAUACAAGAAAUAUUAGACAAACAAUUGGAACUAGUACCCAGAAGACCACUCGAAGGAGAACGUCCCCAGUUAAUCAAAUCAGGUCAUGUAUUUGUAUUUAUUGAAGAACACUCAGGAAUCAAGCGUUGGACAGAUGGUAUCGCUUGGUCCCCAUCUCGUAUUUUAGGAAGAUUUCUUGUUUAUCGUGAACUUGAUAAACAAACCUUAAAUGAGAAAGAUGACAAGAAGAAAAAGAAGAGAAAGUUAACUUCAGAUGACUCCCUCAAUGGUUCAAGCAAGUCCUCAACUACUUCACCUCAGAUUGUUUCAAGUAAUAUCCCUGCUUCAAACUCAUACAGUAGUUCUGAUUACAAUAAGUCAUUGUUAAGUGGACCUCUAGUAACUUCUUAUGUGUUUAAGGAUCAAGGGUUAAUUAAAAAGACAUUAUCCUUGACUACAAAGACUAAAGACUUACAUAUCGAUAAGCGUGAAGAGAAACAGACAAUUCAUUUGAUUAGUUACUAUAAUGCAGAUGAUGUUAUGAAUGGUAAGUUACAACGUCCAUCAGAGUCAGACUUGAAGAAUGUCAAUAUCUCCCCAAGCUUAUGGAGUGCUAUCAAGCAAAGUUCCUUGGGAGGUAAGAUUCCAAUUGAAGAUGAAGCUUUUUACUUCUUGGAUGGUAAUUACCAACUACAGAAUAUGUCUCUUUUACAACAACCCUCCCAAGCAACCUAUUCAAAAGCACAGCCUCAGACUGCUUAUGCCAAAUAUUCCAACGGGCUCGGUCAACCUCAACAAUAUAUGCUUCCAAUCCCUAACCAACCCUUACCUUCAGGAGAUAUGAAGGACGAGACAGGUGGGAUGGUUACUACCCAGAACCCAGAAUUAGCUUUUAUCAACCCAUUUAGUGCAGGUCACCAAGGUUCCAAUCCAGCAAUUUACAACGGUCAAGCUUAUAUUGGUGCUGGGUCUGUUCCUGGAACAACUCAAACUACAUCCAUCCCGGUGUUCAAUAAUUAUUUAGUUGCUCAACAACAACCUGGACAAUCUCAAACACAACAACAAUAUAUCAGUGCUGCAUAUGUUCAAGGUGGGAAUAAUCAUGACAUGUAUGCCGCUACCCAUUUCCCGCCAUUUGCCCAACAUUAUGCUCAACAGGUGGUUGGUCCACGUUAUCAUUAUAGCUCGAUCUCGUCCGAUCCAUUUGGAUCAACUGGUUCAAUCUCCUCGGCCAGUAGCAACUUGUUCCACAAUGGAAACAAUUCAAAUGCAAACACACCCAAUGGUAGAAAAUAUAACAAUAGAGUUUCUUCUUCCAGUACAACGAGCCUUGAUGCAGGAUCUGCUAGUCAGACUGGGUCGUCUAUCUCGGCAUUGCCUCCUCAGACUAGCACAAUGUCAAACUAUGGAUACGGAGCCGCUAGUGGGUCAACGCAGAAUGCUUCAGGAUCAAAUGAAUAUGAUUCAAAUCACACUAAUACGUCAGGGAAUACAGAGAGUCUACCAUACCAACCUGCGCGCUCGUCCCGGCAGCCAUUUGCUACCCAUCCUUUGACGACGAUUUCAAGUGUUCCUAGUAGUACGGCUACGAUUGGCGCUAAUGAUGAGGCCAGUGGGAAUGCAAAUGGGUCAUUCUAUUCUGGUAGUAGUUGA